UUGCAUUUUUACCUCUCAGUUCCUGAUACAGCUCCCACUGAUGUUGGAGGUGGAGGCGGCACAAAAUCUGAAUUAGUGAUAACAUGGGAGCCUCUGCCUGAGGAACUGCAGAAUGGAGACGGCUUCGGCUACAUUGUGGCCUUCAGGUCAGCUGGCGCGGUCACAUGGACGCGGGCGGUGGUCUCAGCGCCCACUGUAUCUCGCUACGUGCUUCGCAAUGACACCAUCCCGCCCUUCUCGCCAUUCGACAUCAAGGUGGCGGCCUACAACAACCGAGGGGAAGGGCCGUUCAGCUCCAUAGCCACGGUGUACUCAGCGGAAGACGUCCCCAGUGUGGUUCCUAAGAGGGUGAGGGCCCGGAGUUUGUCGGCAGCAGAGAUUGAAGUGAUUUGGGACACUCUCCCUUCCCUCCCAGAAAGAGUUCUUGGAUAUGAGGUGAUGUACUGGGAAGACGACACCAAGCCUGACACUGUUGGCAAAGUGCGGAUAACAGGGAACUACACACAGGUUAACAUCACGGGACUGAAAGCCAACACGGUGUACUACCUCUCUGUUGCUGCCUUCAACACGGCCGGGCCUGGGCCGCAGUCACCGCCCAUCAACAACACCACCAGGAAACCACCACCAGACAGGGCUCCGCUUAACAUACAAUGGAGCAUGAUUGGUUCCUCGCUAACACUGCGCUGGGACCCCGUAGUUGCCACGGAGACCGAGUCAAAGGUGACCGGAUAUCUGGUGAUACUGAAGAGACACCGAUACAACGACAUCCACACCACCUUCACCAACAGAACUUUGGCCGAGCUCAGCCUCUCGGCCGGCGACAACUAUCUCAUCCAGAUCAAGGUUCUGAGCGAAGGCGGUGAAGGCGUGGGCAGUGAACCCAUACACAUCCACAAAUUAAGUGAGAUAACUUUGCAUCCCGUCCCGUUUUUUGUUUUAUUUUUGGUUUUUUAAACCAGUGCUGAAAUUCAGCUGUGGAUUUAUCUGUCCAGACAGGAAAAGUAAUUUUGCUUCAUUGGAUCUGUUUCCAACCACGUGUAAUAGACUUAUUUUUGGCGUAAGAAAAGCAACCUUUUUUCCAAACGCGUUCACUUGUGUCAUCCAUCUCUGCCAUUGGGUUAUUAUUCCUUGUUGACUGGCUGCACAGGGCUGCAGAAUAUAAAGCAGGGCUGUGCUUCCAUCUCACUGCACAGCUACAUUAUGCUUGCCGGGGCUCCUCUUUGAUGUGGUACAAACUUUAUCUUCCUCUGAAUGCUUUAAUAGCCUCUCCUGUUGAAAGCUUCGUCUAGUCUAGAUAUGAAAAAGAAAAAUCACUUUUGCCUUUUGAUUUAUGAUGACUUGUUAGAUCUAGAGUUAUUUUAUUUUUUGCAUCUAGGUGGGAUUAGUAUUUCUGGUUCUUCUCCAGAGUGAUCAUGCAACUUUAGAAAGUCUUAAAAUUCUGUAUCCAAAAUAAAAAUCCUAGAAUGUUUCCAUGAGACUGCUGCCUGAAAACUUCAUGCUGUCAUAAAUGGGGUUGAGGUGGUGGUGGUGAGGAGAGACGCUGAGACCCAGGUUAUGAUGAAAAUGGUGAUAUUCAAUGAAAAAGCUCGACAGUCCAAUACAGGCGGCACGGCAGACAAUAUAGCACGCAGCUAAUUACCGGUAGCGCUGAAUAAACAAGACUGACAAAAACGAGCAAAUGCCGACACAGGACUUCACAGUACUACUGUGCCGGCAGACGAACUAACAGACAACAUAGACAAGGACCCAACAAGAGACAAAGACAACCAGUGGGUUUAAAUACAC